CGCGGGCUUGAGGACUCACGAGGUGAUGGCGGCUGGUGGGGAGCGUGGCGGCCCUUGCUAGGGGCGUUCUACAGUGCGACUGAGGAGGCCCAGGGUGUCCCGUUUGUUUCAUCACCAGCAAGAGGCAGGCAGUGGUGCUGUCCGCGGUGGCAUUCUUGGAGUGACUGGCGACAGAAUACGUUCGUGACGGAACCGGGGUCUGAGGAGAGCUCUCCGCCUGCAGUAAUGAGUGAACAGACUGCUGCAUCAGAUACCUCGUCGCCACCCAAUAAGGCGCCUGCCGGUUCUGACAGGACUGUAUCCAACGAUGACUUGGCAAGUAUCUUCCAGUGUCCGGUCUGCUUAGACUAUGCGUUACCACCAAUUCUUCAGUGUGAGAGAGGCCAUCUUGUUUGUAGAAGCUGUCACUCAAAGCUCACAUCUUGUCCAACUUGCCGCGGCCCCUUGGGAUUCAUUCGCAACUUAGCUAUGGAGAAAGUGGCUAACUUUGUACUUUUCCCGUGUAGAUAUGCCUGUAUGGGAUGUGAAAUCACUCUGCCACACACAGAAAAAGCAGAUCACGAAGAAGUCUGUGAGUUUAGGCUUUAUUCCUGCCCGUGCCCUGGUACUGUCUGUAAAUGGCAAGGCACCAUGGAUGCUAUAAUGCCUCAUCUGACUAAAAUGCAUGAGUACAUUACAACAAUAGAAGGAGAGGAUAUAAUUUUCCUUGCUACCAGCAUUAAUCUUGUUGGCGCUUACGAUUGGGUGAUGAUACAGUCCUGUUUGGGCGUUCGCUUCAUGUUAGUCUUGCAGAAACAGGAAGAUCACAAUGGCGGCCAGCAGUUCUUCGCAGUCGUACAGCUGCUGGGAACAAGCAAGGAAGCUGAAAAUUUUGCUUACCGACUUGAGCUAAAGGGUAAUCGGCGACGACUGACUUGGGAAGCGACUCCUCUACCUAUUCAUGAGGACAUAGCAAAAGCCAUCAAGAAUAGAGACUGCUUAACCUUUGACGCCAACACUGCGCUGCUUUUUGCAGAAAAUGACGAUUUAAGCAUCAAUGUAGUUAUUACUAAGCGUUGAAAUGGCAGUGGAACAUUUUCUAGCCAGUGUUUAAAACUGUUUAAUUUCACAGAAAAUAAGCCACCCAUCUGCCUGCCAACC